CGGCACGUGGGUCUGGAGCGCCAGAGAGCGGCUCUCAGUUCGGCUGGCGUUGCUAAGCUGACGGCGGGGUUCUCUCCCCCUGCAGCUUCACCGCCUGCGCUUGGCAGGGGAGGGAGCGAGCAAGAGAGAGAGAGACACCGGCCUGGACUGGCGGGGUUGGUUGGUUGGUUGGUUGGUUGGUCGGUCUGCCCGCUCGUUACAGCCCAGACAAGAGAAGGCGGGGCGGCCACGGCAUGAGCACGCAGGCGCGGGGCCAGGCGGUUCGCAGUGACUGCAGCGGCGGCGGAGGUGGGAGCGGUAUCGGUGAGCACAGUCAGGGCCCGCACCCCCGGUGGCAGGAGCACCCGUAUCCUAAGGGCCGUAGCGACCUCGAGGCGGACUCCGCGAACAUGCCCGCGACGGAGAAGGACUUGGCGGACGACGCGCCCUGGAAGCGGAUCCAGCAAAACACCUUCACCCGUUGGUGCAACGAGCACCUCCGCUGCGUGAACAAGCGCAUCGGCAACCUGCAGUUCGACCUGAGCGAUGGGCUGCGCCUCAUCGCCCUGCUGGAGGUGCUCAGCCAGAAGCGCAUGUACCGCAAGUACCACCAGAGACCCACUUUCCGACAGAUGCAGCUGGAGAACGUCUCGGUGGCGCUCGAGUUCCUGGAGAAGGAGAACAUCAAGCUGGUCUCCAUCGAUAGUAAAGCUAUUGUUGAUGGAAAUUUGAAGCUAAUCCUAGGCUUAGUAUGGACCCUUAUCCUCCACUAUUCAAUCUCUAUGCCAGUGUGGGAAGAUGAAGGAGACGAUGAUGCCAAGAAACAAACACCUAAACAGAGACUGCUGGGAUGGAUUCAGAACAAAAUCCCGUAUCUCCCAAUAACAAACUUUAACCAAAAUUGGCAAGAUGGAAAAGCACUGGGUGCUCUGGUUGAUAGCUGUGCUCCAGGUCUCUGCCCAGACUGGGAGAGUUGGGAUCCUAAGAAGCCUGUAAAUAAUGCUCGUGAAGCUAUGCAGCAAGCAGAUGAUUGGUUAGGUGUUCCUCAGGUCAUCGCUCCUGAAGAAAUCAUACAUCCUGAUGUGGACGAACACUCUGUAAUGACUUAUUUGUCACAGUUCCCCAAAGCAAAGCUGAAACCAGGUGCUCCUUUGAAACCUAAGCUUAAUCCAAAGAAGGCAAGAGCAUAUGGCAGAGGAAUUGAACCUCAUGGAAAUAUGGUCAGACAACCUGCCUGCUUCACUGUUGAUACUAUCAGUGCUGGUCAAGGUGAAGUAAUGGUUUUCAUAGAAGAUCCAGAAGGAAACAGAGAAGAGGCCACAGUGACACCUGACAGUGACAAGAACAAGACAUUUGCUGUUCAGUACCUGCCAAAAGUUACAGGUCUUCACAAGGUUACAGUUCUGUUUGCUGGCCAGCAUAUUUCAAAGAGUCCAUUUGAAGUAGAUGUUGAUAAAGCCCAGGGAGAUGCCAGUAAAGUAACAGCCAAAGGUCCAGGCUUGGAAACAACUGGAAAUAUAGCUAAUAAGCCUACUUACUUUGACAUCUACACAGCAGGUGCUGGUGUUGGUGAUAUAGGCGUAGAGGUUGAAGAUCCUCAAGGAAUAAACAUUGCCGAGGUUAUGGUAGAAGACAAAGGAAAUCAAGUUCACCGCUGUGUUUAUAAGCCUCUUCAAGCUGGUCCUCACACUGUAAAAAUAGUAUUUGCUGGAGAGCAUGUUCCAAAGAGUCCUUGGGUUAUUCUUGUUGGUGAAGCCUGCAAUCCAAAUGCCUGCCGUGCCAGUGGUAGGGGCCUCCAACCCAAAGGAGUUAGGAUCAGAGAAACUGCAGACUUCAAGGUUGAUACUAAAGCCGCAGGGAGUGGAGAUAUCCAUGUGGCAAUAAAAGGACCAAAAGGCUUGGAAGAACUUGUAAAACAAAAGGAAUUCAUGGAUGGACUAUAUGCAUUUGAAUACUACCCAGUAAACCCUGGGAAAUACAUUGUCACAAUUUCUUGGGGCGGUCACAAUAUCCCAAAAAGCCCAUUUGAAGUGCAAGUCGGUUCUGAGCCUGGUCCUCAGAAAGUAAGAGCUUGGGGGCCUGGCCUUCAUGAAGGAGUUGUUGGUAAAUCAGCAGACUUUGUUGUAGAAUCCAUUGGUCCGGAAGUUGGAUCCCUAGGCUUUGCUAUCGAAGGCCCAUCGCAAGCAAAAAUUGAAUGUGAUGAUCAGAAUGAUGGCUCAUGUGAUGUGAAAUAUUGGCCUAAAGAGCCUGGUGAAUAUGCUGUUCACAUUAUGUGUGAUGAUGAAGACAUCAAAGAUAGCCCUUACAUGGCUUACAUCCAGCCAGCAUCUUUAGAUUUCAACCCUGACAAGGUAAAAGCUUAUGGCCCAGGGCUUGAAAAAACUGGCUGCAUUGUGAACAAUCCUGCAGACUUUGUAAUUGAUACCAAGGAAGCUGGGAAUGCUCCUCUGAAGAUAUAUGCACAAGAUGCCGAUGGAAAUCCUAUUGAUAUUCAAACGAGGAGCAAGCCAGAUGGCAUCUAUGCCUGCUCUUACAUUCAAAAACCUAUCAAGCAUACCCUUGCUGUUACUUGGGGAGGAGCAAAUGUCCCUAACAGCCCUUGCAGAGUCCAGAUAGGACAAGGCAGUCAUCCUCAGAAGGUGAAAGUUACUGGACCAGGGGUGGCAAGAAAUGGUCUGAAAGCUAACGAACCUACUCAUUUCACCGUGGACUGUACAGAAGCAGGCGAAGGUGAUGUGAGUGUGGGCAUUAAGUGUGAUGCUCAUGUAAUAAAUGAAGAAGAGCAAGAUAUAGAUUUCGGCAUCAUUCACAAUGCUAAUGAUACAUUUACCGUGAAAUACAACCCACCUGCAGCCGGGCGCUAUACUGUUAAAGUGCUGUUUGCUGGAGAGGAAAUUCCUACAAGUCCUUUCAGAGUGAAAGUGGAACCAUCACACGAUGCAAGCAAGGUGAAAACUGAAGGGCCUGGACUAGGUGUGGAAAAUGGGAAGCCCACACAUUUCACUGUGUUCACAAAAGGUGCUGGGAAAGCCCCUCUGGAUGUCCAGUUCAAUGGACCAAUAGAAGGAGAAGCCAUCAAAGAUUUGGACCAUGACAACUAUGAUUAUUCCCACACUGUAAAAUACACUCCUAUACAGCAGGGUAAGAUGGGCAUUCAGGUGGAAUUAGGUGGUGAUCCUAUUCCUGGAAGUCCUUUCACUGUAGAUGUUGCUGCGCCACUUUGACUUGAGCAAAGUUAAAUCAGUGGUUAGAAAACAGUAAUCGAAUAGGGAAAGACCAAGAAUUUAUCAUUGACACGAAAGGAGCUGUGGACAAGUAAUCUUGAUGUGGCCGUAUUUUCUCCAACCCAGAAAAGUGCACCAUGCUUAGUAGAACCUGUCACUGGAAAAGAGUAUUGCAGGGUAAAGUAUAUUCCAAAAGAAGAAGGAUUUCAUGCCAUUGAUGUCAAUUAUGAUGGGAAUCCGGUUCUGGGAAGCCCUUUUACUAUAGAAGCCACCUUACCACCAGAUCCUUCUAAGGUGAGAGCUUAUGGGCCAGGCCUCCAGGAAGGACUUGUUGGAAAACCUGCAGAAUUCACAAUAGACACUAAAGGAGCUGGAACUGGUGGUCUAGGCUUGACAGUUGAAGGACCGUGUGAAGCCAAAAUAGAGUGCUCAGAUAAUGGAGAUGGAACAUGUUCAGUGUCCUACUUACCAACAAAACUGGGUGAAUACCUGGACAUUCUUUUUGAGGAAGUCCAUAUUCCUGGCUCUCCUUUCAAAGCUGACAUUGAAAUGCCAUUUGAUAUUUCAAAAGUAAUUGCCACGGGCCCUGGACUUCAACAUGGCAAAGUGGGUGACACUGGAUUGCUUAAUGUGGAUUGCUCAAAAGCUGGACCUGGAAAACUAGACAUGGAAGUUGUAUCUGAUUCUGGUUCUAAAGCUGAUGUUGGGGUUAAAGAUAAUAAAGAUGGAACUUACACAGUUACAUAUGUGCUCUCUAAUGCUGGUACCACACUCAAGAUGAAAUAUGGUGGAGAAUUAGUGCCAAAUUUUCCUGCACGUGUCAAAGUUGACCCUGCCAUAGACACAAGCAAAGUUCAAGUGUUUGGACCAGGAAUUGAAGGGAAAGAUGUUUUCCGUGAGGCAACAACAGAUUUUACUGUUGAUGCUAGCCCUUUGACCAAAACUGGUGGAGACCACAUCAAAGCCCAAAUUGCAAAUCCCUCUGGAGCUUCCACAGAUUGUCUUAUCAAAGACAAUGCUGAUGGCACAUAUGCAGUAGAGUUUACUCCAUUUGAAAGAGGUCCUCAUGCAGUUGAAGUAACUUAUGAUGAUGUUCCUGUACCAAACAGUCCAUUCCAAGUGGAUGUCACAGAAGGAUGUCAUCCUUCACGUGUUGUGGCCCAAGGAACUGGGUUACAAGAAGCCUUUACAAAUAAACCGAACCCAUUUACUGUUGUUACUCGAGGAGCUGGAAUUGGUGGACUUGGAAUAACUGUUGAAGGGCCUUCAGAAUCCAAAAUUAGCUGUAAAGAUAAUAAAGAUGGCAGCUGUAGUGCAGAAUAUGUCCCAUAUGUACCAGGAGAUUAUGAUGUCAACAUAACUUAUGGGCCGAGGCCUGGGCCUGGGAAGCCAUUUAAAGUUCCUGUCAAAGAUGUAGUUGAUCCCAGCAAGGUGAAAAUUGCAGGACCAGGUCUGGGGACAGCUGUCCGUGCCAGACUUCCUCAAGUCUUUACUGUGGAUACCAGCAAAGCUGGAGUAGCCCCACUUGAAGUUACAGUUGCACCAAUAAGAGGGUCGGCAGAACCUGUGCAUAUAACUGAUAAUGGUGAUGGAACUUAUGCAGUAGAAUACACUCCAACACAAGAAGGCCCCUAUGCCAUUGCUGUUAAAUAUGCAGAUGAAGAAAUUCCUAGAAGCCCAUUCAAAUUAAAGGUGCUUCCAACAUAUGAUGCUAGUAAAGUGACAGCUAAUGGGCCUGGCCUUGUCUCCCAUGGGAUUCCAGCAAGCAUUCCUACAGAAUUUGUUGUGGACACUAAAGAUGCAGGAAAAGGACUUCUCUCAGUACACAUAACAGAUCAAGAAGGCAAACCAAAGAGGGCAGAUAUUCAUGACAAGCAAGAUGGCACAUAUGCAGUAACAUAUAUACCUGAUAAGACUGGUCGUUAUUCUAUUGGCAUUAAAUAUGGUGAGGAUGACAUACCUCUUUCUCCGUAUCGAAUUCGUGUUUCCCCAGCAGGAGAUGCAAGCAAAUGUCUAGCAACAGGCCCUGGCAUUGCAGCAACAGUGAAAACUGCUGAAGAAGUGGGUUUUAUAGUAGAUGCUAAAUCUGCGGGCAAGGGUAAAGUCACAUGUACGAUCCUGACACCAGAUGGUAUAGAAACUGAAGCUGAGGUCAUUGAAAAUGAAGAUGGAACAUAUGACAUCUAUUAUACAGCGACUAAACCAGGAGUCUAUGUGAUUUAUGUCCGCUUUGGUGGAGUGGAUAUUCCUAAUAGUCCCUUCACUGUCAUGGUCACAGAGGAAGCAUGUGUAUCUGAUGGUGUGAAUGGUGUAGGCUUUAAGCCCUUUGAUGUGGUCAUUCCUUUUGCAGUAAGAAAAGGAGAAAUUACUGGGGAAGUCUACAUGCCUUCAGGAAAGACUGCAACACCAGAAAUUGUGGAUAAUAAGGAUGGCACAGUUACAGUUAGAUACGCUCCUGUUGAGGUUGGGUUACAUGAAAUGCAUAUCAAAUACAUGGGUAACCAUAUUCCAGAGAGCCCAUUACAAUUCUAUGUGAACUAUCCAAAUAGUGGAAAUGUGACUGCUUAUGGACCGGGCCUUGUCUAUGGUGUAGCAAACAAGCCAGCAACCUUCACCAUAGUCACAGAGGAUGCUGGCGAAGGUGGCUUGGAUUUGGCAAUUGAAGGUCCUUCAAAGGCUGAGAUUAGCUGCAUUGAUAACAAGGAUGGCACUUGCACAGUCACUUACCUGCCAACACUUCCAGGAAACUAUAGCAUAUUAGUGAAGUACAAUGACAAACAUAUCCCAGGGAGCCCAUUCAUUGCCAGAAUCACAGAUGACAGUAGGAGGCGAUCCCAGGUGAAACUUGGCACUGCUGCUGACUUCUUGCUAGACAUUAAUGAGACUGAUCUUAGCCUCUUGUCAGCCAGUAUUAAAGCCCCAUCUGGCAGAGAUGAACCUUGUCUGCUGAAAAGACUGCCAAAUAACCAUAUCGGUAUCUCGUUUAUUCCUCGAGAGGUGGGAGAACAUUUGGUCAGCAUAAUGAAGAAUGGAAGUCAUGUGCACAACAGUCCAGUAUCCAUUAUGGUAGUUCAGUCUGAGAUUGGUGAUGCAAGUAGAGCAAGAGUUUCUGGUCGUGGAUUGGUUGAAGGUCGCACUUUUGAAAUGUGUGACUUCAUUGUGGACACCAAGGAUGCAGGGUAUAGUGGAAUAUCCCUGGCAGUUGAAGGACCUAGCAAAGUGGAUAUCCAGACAGAAGAUCUUGAUGACAGAACAUGCCGAGUGUCAUACUUUCCAACUGUGCCUGGUGUUUACAUAGUGUCAACUAAAUUUGCUGAUGAGCAUAUCCCAGGCAGUCCUUUUACUGUGAAAAUAACUGGUGAAGGCAGGGUCAAGGAAAGCAUCACACGCACCCGGCGAGCUCCCUCUGUGGCCACUGUUGGAAGUUUGUGUGCUCUUAACUUAAAAAUUCCAGAAAUUGAUAUAGAUGAUAUGACGUCCCAAGUAACCAGCCCAUCAGGAAGGAUUACUGAUGCAGAAAUAGUGGAGCAUGACAAAAACACAUACUGUGUCCGCUUUGUGCCACAAGAAAUGGGAGUCCACUCUGUAGCUGUGAAAUACAGAGGGCAGCAUGUGCCUGGCAGUCCAUUCCAGUUUACAGUUGGGCCUCUUGGUGAAGGAGGAGCCAAUAAAGUCAGAGCUAGUGGUCCGGGACUUGAAAGAGCAGAGGCUGGCAUCCCAGCUGAAUUUAACAUAUGGACAAGAGAAGCUGGAGCUGGUGGUCUUUCCAUUUCAGUGGAAGGGCCAAGUAAGGCAGAAAUUGCUUUUGAAGACCGCAAGGAUGGAUCUUGUGGUGUGUCCUAUACUGCUCAAGAGCCUGGUAACUAUGAGGUGUCCAUCAAAUUUAAUGACGAGCACAUUCCUGAAAGCCCAUACCUGGUUCCUGUGAUUGCACCUUCAGAUGAUGCUCGUAGGCUUACUGUUAUGAGCCUUCAGGAAUCUGGGUUAAAAGUUAAUCAGCCAGCAGCAUUUGCCAUCAGGCUUAAUGGCGCAAAGGGCAAGAUUGAUGCUAAAGUGCACAGCCCCAUUGGAGCAGUAGAAGAAUGUCAUGUUUCUGAGUUGGAGCCAGAUAAAUACGCUGUCCGAUUCAUUCCACGGGAAAAUGGCAUUCAUUCAAUAGAUGUGAAAUUCAAUGACAGCCACGUUGUGGGCAGUCCUUUCAAAAUCAGAGUGGGAGAACCAGGUCUUGUAGAUAGUCCAGCUCUUGUUACUGCCUAUGGAGCAGGCCUGGAGAAUGGCACAACAGGAUUACAAUCUAUGUUUACUAUAGACACUACAAAAGCUGGUCCAGGUACUCUCGCCGUUACAAUUGAGGGGCCAUCGAAGGUGAAAAUGGAUUGCCAAGAAGCUCCAGAGGGCUACAAUGUCAUGUAUACACCAAUGACUCCAGGAAACUACUUGAUUGGAAUUAAAUAUGGAGGGCCUAAUCAUAUUGCUGGUAGUCCUUUCAAAGCAAAGGUGACAGGUCAGCGACUGGUUAGCCCAGGCAUCUCAAAUGAGACAUCUUCUCUUAUGGUGGAAUCUGUGACUAGGUCAACCACAGACACCUUCUAUAGAGGCAUUCCCAAGUCAUCGUCUGAUGCAAGUAAAAUUCUUGCUAGGGGUGCAGGGCUGUCUAGAGCUUUCGUGGGCCAGAAAAAUUCUUUCUCUGUGGAUUGCAGCAAAGCAGGUUCAAAUAUGCUGUUAGUUGGUGUCCAUGGACCUACAACACCUUGUGAAGAAGUAUCUGUGAAACACUUGGGAAAUAACCAGUAUAAUGUAACAUAUAUUGUCAAGGAAAAAGGUGAUUACCUAUUAGCUGUGAAGUGGGGUGAAGAACACAUUCCUGGAAGUCCAUUCCAUGUUACUGUCCCAUAAAGUCCUCUUGUUUCUCCUCAAGGGAAACCUUACAUACAAUACUGUGAGCAGUUUUGUGACCAAUGUAUACAGAUAACUUUUAAUGAAACCCAAAUUAAAUAUAUUUUAAAGUUGUUCUUUGCCUUAAGCAUCUUUGAUAUGCUCUGUAAAUUUAUUGUCUGCUUUAGUUUGUACUGUUCUGAAUCAAAACACAAUCAUGUAAUAAAGUUUUUUUGUUUUUGGUGGAUUCUGGAAUUUACAUAUUAAACUGGAAUUUAUCUUGGAUAAAUUGGUAUCUUAAACUACUGACUUGCAAUAGGUUUUGUUUUUGAACUGGAAACAUUUCACUUUGCUGUAGAAUAUCACUAUGACUGCUGUCAGUUAAAAUUCUUCUGUAAAGACAUUAGAUGAAAAACCCGGUACUUAAUAUGCCCUUAUGUGCUUGAUAUUCUUUUUCACAGCUAAUAGUGAAAACUAUAAUUAGUGUUAUCUUUAAACACUAAAAUGAUUUGCAUAAUGGUUGGCUGUUUACAUUUGGGGGGAAAUUGAUGGUUUGUUCCUUGAAGGAACCCAAAUGGAUGUCUUAAGCUAUUUUGGAAGCUUUUAUCACUGAUGCUUUAUGCAGGUUUGGUAAUGGAUGGUGUAACUAUGAUUGCCUUGAGCAAUAGAAUGCCAAAUUAAAUUGAUAUUCUAGCAAAGAUGCAUAUUGAGAGGUGCUUGAAGCUGUGAUUGAUUGUAUGCAAUCACCGUUAUUACAGCUGUUUGUAUAUACAAGAAUCUAAGCCUCCAUGAUUUCCUUUGGUAAUGCCUGUUAAAGUGAAAGCUAAUCUAGGCAGUUGACUAUUAUGUGAAACUCUGGAUAUUUCUACUAAUCAACAGUGCAAAUUAAAAUUGAUUGAAAGUAUUUAGUUCAAGGAGUUCAUGAACAAAUCCUCUUAAAUGUUUAUUUGGGGUGGGGGAGAAAAGAACAUUUAUGACCAUUCUGGUUUUCAAAAUGGCAAAAAGUUAAAAAAAACACCUUCCAAAUAGUGAACUAAAUGGUUUUCAAAAGCCUUUGGGGCUUCCCCCCACUUUAGCAGAGCUUUAAAUGUGCUUGAAGGAUGAAGACACUUAAUGGAAGUAAUUUAGUUGUUUCCCUUCUGUUUAGCAAACAAUUUCUACUUGGUCGGCUUUAUUUUUAUAGUUUUAUAUCAGUGCACUAAGUCUAAGCACAGCUUCUUGAAAAGGAAAUGGAAUAGCCAGAUUUUCUUUUAAAAAAAAACUGGACUGUGUGCCUUAAUGUGAAAUGCUCACUACAUUGUAAACUAUCAGAAAAGCAAAAUAAACUGGAAUAAAUGUAA